AUGCGUCUCUGUAUAAUAUUUCUUCUUUUCGCCGUUGUGUACGGCAUUGGCCGCAUUUCAGAGCCAGAUCUGAGAGCUGUUAACUUUGCCGGCAAGAUAGAGGGACAAAAGCUGAAUGGAAGCCUGAUAAGAGAAAUCGAAGUGGAUUCGGAAAGUUCCUGUCAGCUUGAGUGUGUGGAUGAGGAGCGAUGUCAGUCUUACAACUUUGGAACCAUUAAGGGCAACACUGAGAAAUUCAAGUGUCAGCUAAGCGCCUCAGACCGAUUUGCUGCAUUUGCUAACUUCACUGAGGAUAAAAAUUUCAUAUACAGAGGAAUAGAGAGCACCUGCGAAGAAAGUGAUCCUUGUAAAGAGAAUGAAAGAUGUGUUGUUGACCAGAAAUCAAACAGUCACUUCUGCAAGUGUAUCAAGGAUUGCUCCAAGAACUGUCAUGACUAUUAUCAAAAUGGCUUCCUUACUGACGGUGUGUACUGGAUUUACCCUGAUGAAGAAGAAACCUUCCAACUAGUGUGUGACAUGAAAACUGAGGGCGGAGGCUGGACCACCUUUCAAAGGCGCAUGGAUGGCUCUGUAGACUUUUAUGUUGACUGGGAAUCCUACAAAAAGGCUUUGGAAAUCUGA